AUCAAGUAUCGGUUAAUUUGUGCCAGGAAUGGUAAUUCAUAAUCGUCUAAAUCUCAAACCAUCCGUCGAAAAUCUCCUGAAACUGUGUAAAACCUUGAAACAGCUGCAUCAAUCUCAUGCCCAAAUCAUCACUUCCGGCCAAAUCUCGCAUGAUUUGAACCCUAACUUUCCUGUUUUGACCAAAAUCCUCUUCGCCAUUACGUCUAUCUCACCGAGCUUGAAUUUGACGGUGUCUUCGCCGGGUCUGGUUAUGAGAUACGCGACUUGGGUUUUCAGGUUCAUCACAAACCCAUCAACGUUUUGCUUCAACACGAUCAUCAGAAUUCAUUCACUCCAUGGAUCGCCACUGUCCGCUCUCUGCUUCUUUGCCCAGAUGCGGCGUAGUUCUGUUCCUCCUGACUUCCACACCUUCCCUUUCGCCUUCAAGGUUUGUGCCCAGAACGGUAGCCGUGCAUUAGCUGAGACGCUUCAUUGUCAAGCUUUGAGAUUCGGGCUUAUGUCUGAUUUGUUCACGCUGAAUUCUCUGAUCCGGGCUUACUCAUCGGUGAGACAGAUGAGUGACGCAGUCAAAGUGUUCGACAUAAGUCCCCACAGAGAUGUUGUCACUUACAACGUGCUCAUCGAUGGGCUCGUUAAGGCUCGUGAGGUUGUACGUGCACGAGAGUUAUUUGAUUCCAUGCCUUUUCGUGAUUUGGUUUCUUGGAAUAGUCUCAUUUCCGGGUAUGCACAGAUGAAUCGAUUUAGAGAGGCAAUUCAACUCUUCAAUGCCAUGAUUGCUUCGGGUCUGGAACCUGACAAUGUCGCGAUUGUUUCAGUUCUUUCGGCAUGCGCACAGUCGGGAAGCUUGGAAAAAGGCAUGGCGAUUCACGAUUAUAUAAGAAACAACAGAAUAUUUGUAGAUUCGUUUUUAGCUACUGCGUUGGUGGACUUCUAUGCAAAAUGUGGGUUCAUCGAUAUAGCAAUGGGGAUUUUCAGUUCGAGUUCAGAUAAAACUUUAUUCACGUGGAAUGCAAUGAUCACAGGUCUUGCGAUGCACGGCAGUGGCGAGUUAACAUUAGAUUACUUCUUUAAGAUGGUUAGCUCGGGAAUCAAACCCGAUGCGGUCAGCUUCUUGGGUGUUCUUGUGGGUUGCAGCCAUGGGUGUCUAGUUGACGAUGCCAAGAAGCUUUUCAAUGAAAUGGAAUCAGUGUAUGGUGUUGCUAGAGAGCUGAAACAUUAUGGGUGUAUGGCAGAUGUGCUUGGACGAGCUGGUUUGAUUGAAGAAGCCACAGAGUUGAUAAAGGAGAUGCCUAACAAUGGUGGAACUCGUGAGAAAGUAUACGUGUGGAGCGGUUUGUUGGGAGGAUGUAGAAUCCAUGGAAAUAUUGAGGUUGCAGAAAAGGCGGCAGAGAGAGUGAAAGCGUUGAAGCCAGAGGAUGGAGGGGUGUAUAAGGUGAUGGCAGAGAUGUAUGCAAAUGCAGAGAGGUGGGAGGAUGUGAUUAGGGUUAGGGAAUCUAUGGACGAAGAUAAGAAGGUGAAGAAGAAUACAGGGUGUAGUUUGGUCGUGUUGGAUAGGUUUGUUUGUUGAAUUUUGUUGCAGGGAAUGACCAGC